GGAAACCACAGGUCAUCUUCGGAUUCUUCUCCAGAAGCUUCAAGUAGGGAUAUGUCCUCAGCACCAACUACUCCUCCAUCAGUGGAUAAAGUAGACGGAUUUUCUCGGAAGUCCGUCAGAAAAGCCAGACAGAAGAGGUCACAAAGUUCCUCACAGUUUAGGUCUCAAGGCAAGCCUAUUGAGUUAACACCUCUGCCACUGCUAAAAGACGUUCCAUCCUCAGAGCAGCCUGAACUGUUCCUAAAGAAACUUCAGCAGUGCUGUGUCAUUUUUGACUUCAUGGACACGCUAUCUGAUCUUAAAAUGAAAGAAUACAAGCGCUCCACUCUUAAUGAACUGGUGGACUACAUUACAAUAAGCAGAGGCUGUUUGACAGAGCAGACUUACCCUGAAGUAGUUAGAAUGGUAUCUUGCAAUAUAUUCAGAACCCUCCCUCCUAGUGACAGCAGUGAAUUUGAUCCAGAAGAAGAUGAACCUACCCUUGAGGCAUCGUGGCCACACUUACAGCUUGUAUAUGAAUUUUUCAUAAGAUUUUUGGAAAGCCAAGAAUUCCAACCCAGUAUUGCCAAAAAAUACAUAGAUCAGAAGUUUGUAUUACAGCUUUUGGAGCUGUUUGACAGCGAAGACCCUCGGGAACGGGACUACCUAAAGACGGUCUUACACAGAAUUUACGGCAAGUUUCUGGGUCUUAGAGCAUUUAUCCGAAAACAGAUUAACAAUAUUUUUCUAAGGUUUGUUUAUGAAACAGAACAUUUCAAUGGUGUUGCUGAACUGCUGGAAAUACUAGGAAGUAUUAUCAAUGGCUUUGCUUUACCUCUUAAGGCAGAACACAAACAAUUCCUGGUGAAAGUGUUGAUCCCUUUACACACUGUCAGGAGCUUAUCACUCUUCCAUGCCCAGCUGGCAUAUUGCAUAGUACAGUUUCUGGAGAAAGAUCCUUCACUCACAGAGCCAGUUAUUAGGGGGUUAAUGAAGUUUUGGCCCAAAACAUGUAGUCAAAAAGAGGUCAUGUUCCUUGGGGAGCUGGAGGAGAUACUGGAUGUGAUUGAACCAUCGCAAUUUGUUAAAAUCCAAGAACCUUUGUUUAAACAAAUUGCCAAGUGUGUUUCUAGCCCCCAUUUUCAGGUGGCAGAAAGGGCACUCUAUUAUUGGAAUAAUGAAUACAUCAUGAGCUUGAUAGAAGAAAACUCUAAUGUCAUCCUUCCCAUCAUGUUUUCCAGUCUUUAUAGGAUUUCAAAAGAACAUUGGAAUCCGGCCAUUGUGGCGUUAGUGUACAACGUGUUGAAGGCGUUUAUGGAAAUGAACAGCACCAUGUUUGAUGAGCUGACAGCCACAUACAAGUCAGAUCGUCAGCGUGAGAAAAAGAAAGAAAAGGAGCGUGAAGAAUUGUGGAAAAAACUGGAGGAUCUGGAGUUAAAGAGAGGUCUUAGACGUGAUGGGAUAAUUCCAACUUAACAAAAAUAAUGACAACAACAUUACUAACCUGUGGAGUCACACAUUUAUGUAGUAGAAGAUGGAGCAACAGUUUUCUGUAUUGUGCAACUUUACAGUAGAUUUCACAUUUGUUUCAUUAUUACAACAGCACUGUAUAUACCUGUCUCUAAG